UUCUAUAAAUUAAUAAAAUAUUAUAGUCCCAACAAUAUCAGUUUAUAGAGUUUUUACUGUAUAUACUAAAAUAAAAGUUUCCAGACAAAUAAAAAACUUUAAAUUUCUGCGGGUGUAUAUAUACAAUUUACGAAACUGCAGCGGAUUAGAAACCAUAAAAUGGCAUUUCUAGUAUAAUAAGCCCAUUUAAUAGAACGGUAACGCUUAGAGAAACAUUUUUCAGGAAACCUCUCCAAAAAACAAAACAAAAAAUAUCUAAGAACCGGAAAAAAAAGUAAUAAUCUCAGAGUAAUAUGAUAUGAACUUAUCCUACCGGAACAACCAAAACCUCCGAUCAGGGUGCUAGAUUAUCAAUGGAGAUUACCGAUUCUCCCGGUGGUUCUCCGCCGCCGCAACCUAACCUUCCUCCUGGCUUCCGUUUCCACCCUACCGACGAAGAGCUCGUGGUUCACUACCUCAAACGCAAAGUCGCCUCCGCUCCUUUACCUGUGGCCAUCAUCGCCGAAGUUGAUCUCUAUAAGUUCGAUCCAUGGGAACUUCCCGCAAAGGCAUCGUUUGGAGAGCAGGAAUGGUAUUUCUUCAGUCCCAGAGAUCGGAAGUAUCCUAACGGAGCGAGGCCGAACAGAGCGGCGACGUCAGGAUACUGGAAGGCGACGGGGACUGAUAAACCGGUGCUUGCCUCGGAUGGGAAGCUGAAGGUGGGCGUGAAGAAGGCACUCGUUUUCUACAGUGGGAAACCUCCAAAAGGCGUCAAAAGCGAUUGGAUCAUGCAUGAGUAUCGUCUCAUCGACAACAAACCUAAUAACAGACCACCAGGAUGUGACUUCGGCAACAAGAGAAACUCCCUCCGGCUUGAUGAUUGGGUGUUAUGUCGAAUCUACAAGAAGAACAACGCAAGUCGACAUGUUUAUAACGAUAAGGAUCCCGAUAUGUUUGAUUACAUCUUCAGAAAAAAUCCUCCCUCGUUAUCAAGUGGACUCCACCACAACGUCUCUAGGUCAAUGAAUAUCUUCCCGGGAAAAUUCUCCGGUGAUUACGGGAUUUUCUCCUACGGCGAUCCCGGUUUGUACGACGGAAGCGGCAUGGUCUGCAGCAACGGAGCCGGUUCAGUCAAUAUCAAUGUUUCUAAUGGUAAUCCUAAUGGUUUGAAUCCUGCUUCUUCCUCUGGGCCCAUGAUGAUGAUGGCGAAUCUGAAACGAGCUCUUUGGCCUGUAGCUGAGGAAGAGCAGGAUGCAUCUCCGAGCAAACGGUUUCACGGCGUAGGAGGUGGAGACUGUUUGAACAUGCCUUCUUCCGUGAUGGAGGAAACUCCUCCACUGAUGCAGCAAGGUGGUGUGUUAGGGGAUGAUGGAUUAUUCAGAACGACUUCGUACCAACUUCAUGGUUUAAACUGGUACUCUUCUUAAGAAAACGGUUUGUGUUUCGCCGUGUGCGAAAUUUACCGCUCAUUUGCAUCAUAUAGUUUGAGAUUAGUGUAUAUGUUUUGGGUUAAUGAAUAGGUCAUAGGGGUUAGAUAAAGAGGUUUAGAGAGGGGGACAAGUGAGGCAUAGAUCAUAUUCAAACAUAAGAUUAUUUAAAAUAUACAAUCUUUCUUAAUUUAAAUGUUGUGUAAGAAAAUUAUACAUGCUUAGAUGUUCAUAAAUAGUUCGUAUUAUUGUAUAGAUGAAUAUAGUCCACCCUAUCAAUUAUAUUUUUGAGUGUGUAUUUUAUUGUAACUGUGUAAUUAAAGAAAUGGUAAACAAACAGAUGUGUAACUGUGUAAUUUUAUACAUAAUCAAAAUAUUUACAUAUUCAUCUUGCUCUAACUUUAGUAAUUGUUUACUACCUAUAAUUAAUAAUAUGAUUUCAACAAAUAACCCCCUAAUCAAGAGUGUUUCCAGAUAUGUUCAGGUGCGGGUGUCAUUUUACCCACACAUUUUUAUGUUUGUCCUACCGGCUCAGUGCUUGGAUUUUGAUUAGACGUCGCCAAAUAUUAUAACCGUAUGUCAUACAAUUAUACUACAAGCAUAUAGAAUGAAUCACUUUAAGGCGGAUUUUUUACUUAGUAAAAGCCCAGAAAGGUCGUGAUUGAUCAAAGAUUUUGAUGUAAAGCUUUUCUAUAAAUGCUGAUAUGCAUUAAGUAUUUUUUGGACAUGUUUUUGACAUCUCUAUCUCGCCAUUAUGUUUUGAGUUCUUUUAAAAUUAUGACCUACCUAUGGGGAGUAAAUAUAUCUACUUCAUUUAAAAAGAUCUAACUCACCUAGGGCACAUGUACAAUGUUUUCUUUUGAAAAAAGCACAUGUACAAUGUUCUUAAGAUCUUUCGACGUUUAAUGCAUUCGAAACCUUAGAUAUAAUUAAUAUACACUUUAGUGUUGUUGUUCAUAAGAAUAGAACCACUCUCCUUUGAAAUUGAAAUCGGAGUAUAGUAAUAGUUUAUUUUGAUGAUCGGACCUCAGUUUAGAUGUGUCUGCCACCUGACAAUCGUAUGAAAUUUUGUUUGUUAUGAUAUAAAUGUGACGUAGCUAGCGAACCAAAGCUGGUGCAUGCAGCUGCUAAGUUCGAUGAGUCGCAGCAACGGUGUUCUCAUGGCAACGGGAGAAAAACUUUCGGGUAAUUAAGUACUAAACAAAAAUACCACUGGAAGAAGAUAUCGCCCACAUGGCUACAUGUCAUGACUUGAGUCGUCAAUAUCUAAUGAAUACAAAAUAUCAGUUCAUUUCACUACAAGAAACAACUUUCCGGCCAAAUUCGUUGGAAAGUCAUCGGAAAGUCAGAUCUAUAUCGUCAGAAAUUUUAAUUUGGUCGAAAAUCGUUGGAAAUGUCCGAUUGCUAACUAACGAUUUUUUUUUGGGUUCAGACGUCCCGUUUGUCCGUCGGAUAAAAAUUUAUUGCAGUUCAAUCACUUUAGAAAAUAAUGACAUUUAACUAACAAAUUAUAACUAAAAAUCAACGUUUUUAUAUGUGGAAGUAAUUGGUGCCACUUCGAAUUUUUCAAAUUAUCGCAAAAAGAAAUUCACAAUAAACAUACAAUUCGUAUACAUAAUUGUUAUAUGAUAUAUGCUUUUAAAAAAUUAGUCAAAAGUUGUAUUGAUAAAAAUAUAAAAAUUGUUAUAUUUUCUUUAAAUUUUCUGAAUUAGUCGUCUACGAAUUUCAGAAAGUAAAUUUAAAAUUUAAGAAAUUGGAUAUUUUUGAAAGGAGAAUGAAAAUAUAUGAAAACAUACACGUUCUAAAAGAAACUAGAAACCAUGGAUAGCGAUGGACCAUAGACUUCUACAUCAACAAAAGGAAUCAUUAUCUUUAACCAAGAUAUUAAAUACGCCCUUUAAUUGCAUUCUCUUCUAUAUAAUAGGUUACAGGUACAAAACACCUUUCAGAAAUUUGAAAUCAUUAGCCCUUAGUUUUCAUACCCAUUUGUUAUUUACAUUUCAGAAAAUACAUCGUUCAUGCUCAAUCAAUUCCUUGAAAUAUCUUGUUCCCAAAGGAAAUCAUGCGUAAUUUCUUUUUUUUUUCACCUCAGACAAUGUUAUAAGAAAAUGGACUGUAGAAGAAAGAUUUAAUUUGUAUAAUUAAAUACAAUUAGCAAAGUAAUAAAACAAAGCGAUUGAAAUGAUAUAUAGAAAGGUGGAAAAGUGAGAGGCAAGGAAAAUGCACAAUGCAGAUCGACGACAGCUAUUCAUAGAAAACCACAACAGCUGUUACAUACGUGGAGAGAUUAACCUAAAACCAGUAGAUACAUUAUUCUUCUGGUCACAAAAUUUAUUUUUAUUAUAGUUGGUUUACUUUGAAAAUAUUUGUAAACAACAGAAAAGGUGAAAUAAAAAAAGAACUUAAGUGGUGCAUGCUAAGUUAGUAGUGCAAUUGACUUAUCACAUAAACACAACUAUGUUAUUCCAUUACUGCCACACACAAAAACAAACAUACAUGUGUGGAUUAGAAGUUUUUGUCGUGGAGUAGAGAUUUUAAACACAAAGAAAAAAAGUAAGGAGAAAAUAUUACUGAAGGUAAAUAAGGGCUGGUUGGUAGAGAGGAAGUGCAAGGAUGAAAUAUUGACAGAUCGGGGAAGAUGAACAAACGCUGUCUUCAACUCUCUAUUGGCUACAUGACGAUCUUUUGAUUUUGAUAGGAGUGAAUUUUUAGAAACCCUCCAAAAUAUAUUUAAUAGAAUCAUUUAUUAUUGUAUUUAGGAGGAUAAUAAACUCUUUUUCACAAUUUCAGUUAUAUAUUGAGUCAGCAUUACAACAUGAUGAGAUUCAUAGACGUCUUGCAACAAGCAACUGAAUUCAAGAUUAUGACAUUAUACUACAUCUAAUUAUCUGUAUUUUUUUUUUCUGUUAUUUUGUUGGAGUGGUGCGUACAUUUCUCUUAUCGUAUAGGUAGAAGAGGGAUUGGUAAAGAUAAGAGUAUUCAUCUGAGUUUUCACUGUGCGCCAUUGCAACAACCCAUCCUUCCGAUAUCAAAAUGCAAAAGGAAAAGACAUCGUUGUGUCUGAGUUCAAACCCAACUAGCAUAUUACUGAGAAAAACUAUUGAAUAAUUUUCGUGAUAAUAAACUAUUGAAUAGUUUGUAUUUUGUUACUUUUUUAGAUCCUUGACAGAAUGAGGGAGAAGAGAUACCCAACAGGCCAACAUAUUCUUAAAGGAUCGGUUGCAUUUUUGGGCUUUAUCUUCCUCUCGUACCUCAACACGGUUUCUACACGAAUAUAGGACCAGCUUCCUCAACUGCACUAUCACAAUCUUCUUUAGUGAUAAACCAAUCGCUGAAGCUCAUCAUAUGCUUGUUCAUCCAAUCUCAUACUCAGUUUUUUUUUGUUUCACCGUUUCUAUUGUACAUUUUCCUUUUGGUGAGACUAGGUAAAGAAACCCGUGCGAUGUCGCACGGAAACUCAUAUUGCAUAAAAAUAUAUAUCUUACAAUCUUUAUUUAUAAAGAUAUAGCUAGUAAUAAUUAAAUUAUAUAAAUAAUAUUUAAUUUUGAUAACUAAAAUAUUAUUUACAAAGUAUUUGAAGAUAUAUUUAUAUAAACAUUAAUGUUCUGAUUGUAUUUUUAUCAGAACAAAUAUUACAAACAAUUGCAUUUCCAUUUUUUAAGUUUAUUCUUACAAUUUUCACAUAAUAUACUUUAUAAUUAUCAAUGAAAUGUUGUUCUAAAUUAUAUAUAUAUAUCACAAUCACUUUUUACAUGAUUUUAUUAUUUUUGCAUGAUAUUUAAAUAACUUUCCUAUUUAAGAAACAAUAUUAGAAUUAUUAGUUCAUAAUUUUUAAAACAAUUACUAUUUCUAUGUUGGUAAAUAAUAAUAUAUUAUUAUUUUAAUAUAUUUAUUUAUUUGCUUUAUUUAUUUGAAAUAAUAUUAAAGAGAUUGGAUAUCUUACUAAAUAUAUGUUGAAAUAACCUUUCAAAUUUAUAAUAUUACCUUGAAUUUCUGGAAAAGUUAAUUAAAUUGAUAAAUUAUGAAUUUACCUUUUGAAGACAUGAUGACUUCUGUUGGAGUAGUAAAUAGUAUUUUGGAAGACAAAAUGGUAUUAAGAUGGAGAUACUCCAGAAGUCUAUUAAGUUUUCAAUCAAAUUUUUAAGAUUUAGGUUAAUGCACAGAAAAUAACAAAUAGAGUUUUCUACGUUUAUAUGUGUUUUUUAAAAAUCUUUAAAAAUCGAUCAACAGAAAAAAAUCUUAUGUAUAUAUACCCGAUGCGAUCGAUAUGUUCAAAGGUAAUACAUAAAUCUAAAAAAUUGAUAAUUUAUGUCUAAUUAUCUGUCAAAUAAUCGCCUCGCAACUUCGUCCUAUCAAAUAAAAAAAAUAUUGGAAAUGAUAGAAAUGCAACUAAAUAAGUUAUUUCUACUUGAUACAUCUGAUUCUUGAAAAAAAUUAAGUAAUUGUAUGAUGGAAAUAUUGAGAAAUUGAAAGACAUAAAAAAGCAAAAGAAAACUGUUGGUGGUGGUGAUAUUCAUAAACUCUUUCACAAAAUUUAAAAUUAAAGUAAUCAUUUGCUGAAAUGAAAGUUACUGAAAAAUUAGUCAGUUUUCUAGAAGUUCCAAAGAUGAGUUUAAAAAUAUUUGGAAGUGAGUUACAUAUAUAAUUGAUGAAGAUGUCAAUUGAAUGAAACGUUGCAUUUGUUUGCGGAAGAGAUACGACUGCUAACUCAUGAUCUGAAUGGGUGCUUUUUAUUUGUAGCAUUAAGAAAACUGCAUUUCUUCACUUCAUAAAUUUGGUUUAAUUUAUUUUCAUUAAUAUUUUUCUAUAAACCAAACCGAGAAUUGCUCUUUUUUGUUUGUUUUAAUUUACUAUCAAACAAAGCCUUAUCGUUUUUUUUCAAGUCGUGUGUUUGUACACACAUAAACCUAAUUAUAUAAUGGAGAGAACUUCUUCCAUGUGACAAGCCGCCAAUGUUGAAAGCGUGUGAGUGAGGAGCCAUCACCUCCAUAGCACCACCUGGUCCACCUCCACAUGCAUCUCCCUCUUUCCAUCGUUUCUCUCCUCCUCCAACCCAUCUUGCUCCACUUUGUCUUGGUGUCUCGUGGGAAAGUGUGGAUCCGCCGCUGUUUAUCACUAACCACGACGAGUCAUCACCACGGGAGUAUCAGCCCCUGCCAUCACAUGCCUCGUUCUGUGCCAUCCCGUCCAUGGCGUUGAGGCUUCAUAUAUGGUUUGUAUGUGGAGAACGUGAGCCGAGAGGGAAAGGAGACAUACGAGCCGGAGACACCGUAUCUUGACACCAGCGGGACUGAUGAUCUUCACCACCACUAGCCGUAAACCAUCAGAGUUGUCGCUCAUACCGCUGUAGUACGAGAGAUACACCGUUCCAGGUCCAUGUCGUAAAGGUUAAGUGUUCCUCAUGUGUGUCUUGGGCAGUAAGUUUCUAAACCCUAAAUAUUAUUUUGUUAUGUCAUGGUUUCAUGUGUCUAAAUCAGUUUUAAUAAAAGAAAUCGUUUAAAAGAAUGGGAUUUCAAGCCAAAUUGUUGUAUAACACGCACAUAUACAACCAUUAAGAAAUAAUAUACAAACUAUUUAUAGAUUUUCAAAAAUUUGUCUCAAAAGCUACAUCUUUUCAAUAUAAAAAUUGUUCUUAUUGAAAUAAUACAUAUAUAUAUUGAAAUGAUACAUAUAUGAAAAGUCACAAUUUUUCAAUAUAAACAGUUAUUUUAAAUAAAAAGACAUAACUUUUAAUUGUUGAAAACAUAUAACCUUUCAAUUGAAGUGAAGAGUUGUGUUUUUUCAUUCUUAAAGGUUGUUAAAAAUAUCUCUAAAAGUUACAUCCUUCGAAAAAAUGUCACUAAUACCUGCUUGAUUUUUAAAAAGUUGCAUAUUUUACUAAUCGUACAUUUUCACUUCGAAAUGUUAUAAAGCCCUACAGUUGCAACUUUAUAUUAUUUUUAUAUAUACCUAUUCACACACUUUACCAUUCGUACCUUUUCAAUUCUAUUUAAACAAUUUUGGGUAAAAUUUUUUAUACACAAAAAAAUCUAAUAUUCUAUGUAUCACAUAUGACGUGAUCAAGAAGUUGUCUCCUUCGCUGUUAUGAAUCUUACUGAUCAUAAAGUUAAAGCGAACGCACAUAACCAUAUCUUCCAGAGAAAACUCUACCUUCCACCAUUUUAUUAUUAGUAGAUUAUUAGUAGAUUAGUGAAAAUUUAAAUUUAAAAAAUGCAUGACAAAGACUAUUUAUAGAUUUUUAAAAUCUAUUUGAAUAGUCACAACCCUUCAAUCUGAAUAGUCACAUUCUUCUAAUAGUCACAUUCUUCUAAUAGUCACAACUUUUCACUUUUUAAAAGAUAUUUAUGAAUAGUCACAACUUUUAGACAAUUAUUUAUAAAAGACACAACUUUACAAUAUGACUUUUAGAAAAGACACAACCUUUUACACAUAUUUUUCAAAAGACACAACCUUUCAGCAUAAGUGAGAUUCACAACCUUUGGAAUUAAUUGGGAUUGCUAUUAUUAGUAGAUAUAAAAUUUACAUUUCAAAACAAAAACUUCUUAUGUAUUUCUUGUCUAUGCAUACCGAUUCCUAUCUUUAAACGCUUUUGGUAGGCCGAGAAACAGAAAACACGCUAUUGGUAGAAGUGAAGUUGGGUCAAAUGGACAGAAACCUAAAUAUUUUUCCAACGUGGGACAUAAGCAAGUUACUGUACAUGUCUACAUGAUAAAGAAAAGAAAGUUUUUUUUUGGUCAAACAUCAUCAAUAAUAAAUUAACAAUGCUGUAAUUAAUGAAGAUGUCUAUAUAAAUCAACCCUUCCUUUAUACGUAUUUACUUUUCUGUACGAUUUAUAAUGUACAUUUCUUCCAACUUAUUAAUGCCUCAUAAACUCUGGUAUAGUGCUAUUUAUUUUGUAUAAGUAGCCGUGUUUCUACUUUCUAUGUUCAACUUGUUCAAAAUAUGGUGGAAACUGCUAACAGACGGCAAACUUUAGCUACUGAAUUUUGUAAAACAUCGAUUUCAAAAAAAAAAACUAAUCAUUCAAUUUUGUUGUUGUUGUUGUGUAUACAACUUAAGUCUUUAGGGAUGUGUAUAUAAACGUUUUCUACUAUUGGCUUAGUUUAAUUACACGACAAAAGAAUGGCUCCAUAAAUUUCUUUUUUUUUAAAUCAGGAACUGCGUUACUUCGUAUUGGGUUCUAUGAUCAUCUUAUUUUCUGCUAUAGACUAUUACGCCAAGUUCACAUGUAUUAUAUAAUGGUUGUUCUUGACAAAAAAGGUUAUAUAUAAUGGUUGUUCUCUAUAGAAUACUUUUCUUAAUAAAGAUAUAAGUUAUGUAAUCAAAACGUAAACCGCAGAAACGGGACAUGUGUCGGCAGAUUCAAUAAACUAGCGAAUUCAAAGUCCAGCCAAGCUCUAGUAUAUACGCUGUUCAUUUUUUUUCUUCUGUCUAAAUACGUGUUAGUAAGAUAAGAAUAUGCAGGAAAUAUGUAACAUAUCUUAGCAAUAUAAAUGUGUUUUCUCCUUAAUAUCCGACGACUAUUCGUAUAAUAAAAAUAAUACUUUCACUUUAAAAAUUAUUUGUUCGAUUAUAGAGACUAACGAUCCGCUAAACACUUAUGCCCUUUUAUAAGCGUGUUGCUCAUUUGUCGGACAAUUUAAAAUUUAUAUUAUAGUUUUCGAGACGAAUAAAAAGUUCUUAAUGUUUUACUCUUUAGUGAGGUUGGGAGAAUGAUAGAUAUUUAUUGAAGAUAAUCUUGUUGAAGAUAUAGAAAACUAAAAGUUUUAUAUUUAAAAUAUUUCUACGGCUUAUUAAUACUGAUCCAAAUUUUUAAUAAUUUAAUUUAAUAUUAAAGAAACUGAAUCAUUAUAUUUAUCUAUAUAUGCCUCUCUUUUUUCUAACACCAUACUCUAAUGGUUACCUGAAUUUUAUACUUCCUAUACUGACAAUAUUAACAAUAAAAAAGCGUUUGCGAUUUCGUAAUUUUGUUUAAAGUUUACGCUGCUUAUCGACGUGGGAACAUACUUGUAAUUUUAUUUUUAUUUGGUCGUCUAUUUAAUCAAAAUUAUACCUCCCUGAUCUUCUUUUUUGGGAAGAUACGUAUUCUUUAUAUAAGGGCUUUGGAACAUAGUUAUGACUUAUGACAUUUGAGACUUGUAAUAUUGUAUUAAGUAACCGAAAACAUAAGCAAAAAAAAUAUUAAUCGCGUAGAUAAUAACCUAGCGUAGAAGAAACAUGUGACAGAUCACACAAUCACUAUGCAUGUUUUCCAAUCAAAACUCGAAAAGAGUGAACAUGGAUUUUUUAUUAAUAUAUACUUUGAGAAAAGUUAUAUUCUUUCUGUUCCUAAAAUAUAUAAUGUUUUAAAGAAUUUCGAUGUUCUAAUAUAUAAAAUAUUUUUUAUUUUUUUAAAUAAUUUUUUAUUUUAUUAAAAGUUGUGUAAUCAAUUAUAUUUGAUAAUCUAUUUUGUAAUUAGUUGAAUAACAUUAAUUUAUAUUCUUCCUGUUCCUAAAUGUAAAAUGUCUUAGGUAAAAUACAGUUAUUAAGAAAAUCAAUUUUCAUCUGAAAUGUAUUAUUAAAAUUAUAAAUUAAAAAUAAUUGAACCAAUUACAAAAUAGAACUAUUAAAUUUGAUUGGUUACACAUGUUUUGAUAAAGUUAAAGUUACCUAAAAAUAUGAGAACAUCUUACAUAUUGGAACAUAAAAGUAUUAUAAACAUCUUAUAUUUAGAAACUGAAUGAGUAGCUUUAGUGAUGUUUUAUAGACAAAAAAGACAUUGUGUUUUUACCAACAUAUCUUAUAUUUAGAAACGGAUGCAAUAUAUACUAAAAGCAUUAUUUGGCAACUGAUUUUUAAUUAGACGAUCUGAACUUUCAAGUUGAGUGUCAUUAUAUCUGAUUGGGAAAAUAAAGCAUCAUGGUCUAAGAAACAAAAUUCACAAACAUCGUAGGUUAAUCGAUGGUUUAUAACAUAUGGUUGAACUACUCUCAUAAUUAUUGUGAUAUAUGACUAUAUAUAUUAGUACACUUUUUAGCUCGAUCGGUUAGAAAUGUACUGUUUAAGUGUUUCUAAAUCUGAAUUUGAGUGUAAAAUUAAACCCUUUAACCAAAGAAAGGAAAAAAAUAAUAAUUAAGAAUUGAAGUUUAAAAUUCUAUGUAUGAGUAGGUAUGGUUACGCUUUGAAAAUAUUACAUCUGUCAUCAAAACUAAUACUGGUAUUAUGCGUAUAAAAACUAUGGACUAAACAUUUAUAGCUUGUGGUUGACAAAAAGCUGGUUUCUAUAUGAAAUUGUUUGGUUCAAGUAAUUCUUAUUUACGUACGUUCUUAGAAGUUUAUGAUCAUGCGUUUGAGAUGUAAAGGCAAACGUUUCUCUGGCUCAAGUUAUGUACCAAGAAGUUUUUUUUUCACUGGUACCAAGAAGUUUAAUAUGUAUAUAUAGGUACCAAUUUUACAGAUUCUGAAUCGGAGCAUUAUUUGGUUUUAUAUCUCAAACGCACAACUGUCCUCUUUUACAUCUCAAAAUGUUAACUUCAACUUUCAUUAACCAAAAAAUUUUACAAUGAGAUUAUACCUCCCACGAAAUUCAACCAAAAGACAAUGGAGUAAUCUAGUAUCACCUAAAAACAUGUCUAUGGAUCGUACGCUACCUAAUAGAGACUCCAUUGUACUCUUGCAAUUACAUGGGACGAGUCCACACUAAGAGUCAGUAUGGACCGCCCCUUAAACCACACCUACAUUCUAACACUAACUACAAAGAUAUAAAACUAUUUCAACCAAAUUCAAAAAGAAAACUAAGGGAAAACUAAGUAAGCUCAGAGCAGUUGAUGUCUUAUGAUUUGAGUGCAGUACAUGACCAACCGCCAUAACACCCGGAGGUGCAUUUUCCCCUGUGUAAAUUCCAACUGGAAACAUUAUCUCAAAAUGCUGUUUCUUAGCCACUGGAAACAUUAAAAGUUAACUAAACAAACAAUAAAGAUGGGAAUAAUGACUCAUCUCUCUCUCGCUUUAUGCGGUUGUAUUUCAUAUAAUCUCACGUGGCCCAGCCUGUUGAUGUUCAUCAAUCAAUCAAAGUUGUAGACAAGAGUGAACCCACACUACACACGGUCGAUUUUCUUUUCUAUGCGUGUGUCCCUACAUCUCUUAAGCCCAUCAUUACUUCUUGUGUUUUAUUGGUACUGUGAGCAAAAUAUAGUUAGCAACAACCCAACAACGCGGGUCUAGCUAAGUUUGAACUCAUUGGAGACUUUUUUUACUCCGUUCAAAGUCAUUGGUUUGGAAAUGUGUGUACUGCAUGAAGAAACCCUAACUUAACACACAUGGUUAUCGGCUGAGAUCAGUUCUUUUGAGCACCCACAUCAAGGGUUUCUUUCCUGAAUCACUGAAGAUUUUAAAAUUAUAAAAAAAGGAAAAAGUAAGAAAGAGAAUCGAAACAUAGAAGAGAGAAUGGAGAAUCAAUUGGUCUUUCAAAAGCGAUGUGAAGAUGAAAAGAGAUUUCGAGGAUACAUGUCACUCUCCAAGUAAUUCAUCUGAUUUAAAAACAUCAAACACAAUUUUAUGACAAAAAUAAUAUUGUUAACGGACCGUGAAAGACUUUUUUGAAUGAGGAUACUCUUAGAGCAGUUCCAACGCUGUUUUUUUAAGAAGUUCUUAACUUAAAAAAAAUCAUAAAAAUAUUAAAGUAAAUGAGCAAAAGUUCUUAAACUAAGGAGGUUUAGAACCGAUUGAAACAUUAAAACAACAGCUAUCAUCUUAUUAAUGUUUCUAGAGUUGUAACAAUUAAAAUAUUAAUUUAUUUUUUUUCUUUUAAAACCCUUUACCAUCACGGAGAAUGUUGUUCUUAGGAAUUUUAUUUACAUGCAGACUAAAAAUAGGAUUUACAAUAGGUAAUUUACAUCUGCAUUAACUGAAUCGAUCUGAUCUAUACCAAUUAAACCUAAUACGAUCGAUCUGAAAGUUGAACCAAAUUAUAAUCUGAUUUAGGUGUCUCAAAAUCAGAUCAACUAUAAAGUGAACUUAACAAAAAAAACACAAAAUUCAAACAAGAACUUAGAAGCUAUUCAUUACAGUUUAGAUCUAUGUCAUAACUGAUACAAACUUGGACCUGGACCAAAACAGAUAACACAUGCUAUCUCAAUCGUAAUUAGAUUAAUACUGUAAUCCCUAGUAGAAAACUAACAUCGUACUAUAUUUACCAUCUAUACAAAGUAUAUAGUUGGUGUAAGCUCUCUCUCCAUGUGAGAUUUAUGCGGUGACCCAUCAAAAUCAUUGCUGAAAUAUCUUAUAAUUAAGCUAAGUCUGUUAAUUUCCAAUUAAAAAAUGGAAGAAGGGAUAACAAACAUAUCCCAAAAUGGUAUAGGAUUUGAUUUUAUAGUCCUAUACUCUUAUUAGAAAUGUAUAGCUAACUGAUUUUUAAAAAGUAUACUGUGAUUUACUAGGUA